ACCAUUUUGGACUUGCAUAAUUUAUGGUUAACAAAACUAUGAUCAUCUUAAUUAUUUGAGUCCUGCAUUUUCAAUUUUAGUAGCUGAGUUGGAAUGGUUACUUUUCUUGAUUACAUACCUUGAAUUCCUGAUCCUUGAUUAAUUUGGGGAAGGAGUAUCUCCUGUGUACUGUUCUUUUGUUUUCUACUUUGUGAGGCUUUAUUCAAUCAGGUGUUUUAAUGCACCAGGAGUACAGUGUGCUUGAUCACGAAGAGAAAGUGGUUGAUGGUUUCUAUGAUGUGUAUGGGCCUUCCACAAAUUCAGCACUCCAAGGAAAUGUACCAUCUCUUGCAGAUCUUGAGACAAAUCUUGGGAAUUAUGGCUUUGAAGUUGUUAUUGUCAAUCGAACAAUUGACCCUGUCUUAGAAGAGCUGGUGCAAAUUGCACAUUGUAUUGCAUUAGAUUGCUCUGCUAGUAAUGUUAGUGUUUUAGUCCAAAAGCUUGCCGAAUUUGUUACAGGCCAAUAGGCCAUAUCGGUGCACCUGUUAAGGAUGCUAAUAUAAUGUUGGCAAAGUGGAUGGAAAGGAGCACGGAAUUGAGAACAUCUCUUCAUACAAGUUUGUUGGCUAUUGGGUCCAUUAAUAUAGGAUUAUCUUGGCAUCAUGCUUUACUUUUCAAGACUUGUAAAAGGUAGUCAUUACACUGGUGUUGAGGAUGAUGCUGUAAACAUUGUAAAGCUAGAGGAUGAAAGGGAGUUUUUGGUUGAUCUCAUGGCAGCUCCUGGGACACUUCUACCUGCUGAUAUUUUCAGUGCAAAGGAUACUGCUUUGAAGUCAUAUAAUCCAUCCAUCACUAAGCAAAAUCCUGACUAUUCAGUCUUCUGAUGAUGUUGAAGUUGUUUACCUGAGAGCCAAAUUAAAUGUUGAAGGCAGUAGCCAAAGUUCUGCAAUUAAUGGCAGUUUUCCCUCGGAUAGGGGAUGAAGUUCAAAAAACACAGAAUACUUGUCUUCAUUCUCAGCUCCAAGUGGUGACUCUGCUGUUGGCACUUCCAUAAUAUCUAACAAAAUGUCCCCUAAUCAGUUAGAUCAUCUUCCUUCAACUGCAAUUGGAGCUUCACUUUAUAAAGGGAGUCGUGGGAUCAAUCUUACGGUCGACAGUGCAAGAAUGAACCUCAAUGUGGUUCCAUACAGUCAGAGUAGUAGGGAUGACUCUAAAUAUCCUUUUUCAGAUCUUAAUCCUUUCCAGAUAAAAGGGACAGGUAAAA